AUGGCGGAACGUUAUAUCCCCGAGCACCGCCGGACGCAGUUCAAGGCCAGAAACCAGUUCCGCCCCGAUGAGCUCCGCCGCCGCCGUGAAGAACAGCAGGUGGAGAUCCGCAAGCAGAAGCGUGAGGAGAACAUGGCCAAGCGACGUGGUGUUCAGACUCGCGAUGGUGGUGUCGGUGUUGGUGGCAUGGCUGCCGCCACUGAGAGUGACGACGAGGCCAGUGCUAUUGAGAGCGAGCUCAAUGUCGAGCUUCCCCAGAUGGUGAAGGGUGUCUUCUCCGAUCAGGUUGAGGAGCAAAUUCAGGCCACCACCAAGUUCCGCAAAUUGCUGUCUAAGGAGCGCAACCCUCCUAUCGAGCGCGUUAUUGAGACCGGCGUUGUCAGCCGCUUCGUUGAAUUCCUCCGCUCCCCUCACACCCUGGUUCAGUUUGAGUCUGCUUGGGCCCUGACCAACAUUGCCUCUGGUUCCGCCCAGCAGACCCAGGUCGUCAUUGAGGCCGGCGCUGUCCCAAUCUUCGUUGAGCUCCUGAGCAGCCCUGAGCCCGAUGUCCGUGAGCAGGCCGUGUGGGCCCUUGGUAACAUUGCUGGUGAUAGCCCUCACUGCCGUGACUUCGUUUUGGGAGCUGGCGCCCUGCGCCCUCUCCUGAACCUCAUCAACGAUGGCCGCAAGCUGAGUAUGCUCCGCAACGCGACCUGGACCUUGAGCAACUUCUGUCGUGGCAAGACCCCCCAGCCUGACUGGAACACUAUUGCUCCCGCUCUCCCCGUCCUUGCCAAGCUCAUCUACAUGCUUGAUGAUGAGGUCCUGAUUGAUGCUUGCUGGGCUAUCUCUUACCUUUCCGAUGGUGCCAACGACAAGAUCCAGGCCGUCAUUGAGGCUGGCAUCCCCCGUCGCCUUGUGGAGCUCCUCAUGCACGCUUCCACCUCUGUUCAGACCCCUGCUCUCCGCUCCGUAGGUAACAUUGUCACUGGUGAUGACGUGCAGACCCAGGUCAUCAUCAACUGCGGCUCUCUCCCCGCUCUUCUGUCCCUCCUGAGCUCCACCAAGGACGGUAUCCGCAAGGAGGCUUGCUGGACUAUCUCCAACGUCACUGCCGGCAACUCCAGCCAAAUCCAGUCUGUCAUUGAUGCUGGCAUCAUCGCCCCAUUGAUCAACCUGCUUGCCAACGGUGACUUCAAGACCCGCAAGGAGGCCUGCUGGGCCAUCUCCAACGCCACCUCCGGUGGUCUGCAGAAGCCUGAUCAGAUUCGCUACCUUGUUUCCCAAGGUUGCAUCAAGCCCCUCUGUGACCUCCUGGCUUGCCCCGACAACAAGAUCAUCCAGGUUGCUCUUGAUGGCCUUGAGAACAUCCUCAAGGUCGGUGAGAUGGACAAGGAGGCCGGUCAAGGUGAGGCUCGCGUCAACCGCUAUGCUCUCUUUAUUGAGGAGGCCGGUGGUAUGGAGAAGAUCCACGACUGCCAGAACAACGCCAACGAGGAGAUCUACAUGAAGGCUUACAACAUCAUCGAGAAGUACUUCUCCGAUGAGGAUGAGGCUGCCGGUGAUAUUGACGAGCUGGCUCCCCAGCAAACCCAGACUGGUUUCACCCUCGGUACUGGUCAGCAGCAGCCCGCUGGUGGAUUCAACUUCGCCAACGGUGGUGACUCCAUGGACAUGUAA